UCAAGAAUAAAUAUCCAUGCUCAAAUCGAGAGAUGGGCAGCAGCAAAGAAGGCCAUUGAUGUGAAGUCGGAUGCGGAGGUAGCAAAACACCUGCUGGACAUAUUCUAUGAACGACAGUCAGCUGUUGGCGUUGCGUCAACAAGCUCUUUUCAAGGAGUACUGACUUCGACAACCAUGGGUGCCGGACAGUUGGGGCGGUUUUCCGCUGCAACCACUGCACUCUCGAAUGUAUCAUCAAUAGGCAAAGAAAGCAAUGAGGGAAGCGUUUCCGGUGUUGAGCCUAUAAUGGAAAGUGGUAGUGAGACUGCAAUUAGCAGUGAGCGUAUAAUAUCAGCUGUGGAGACAUUGGUUGGAUCAGCAGUGGAGUCCAGUGAGAAGAGGUUUCAAGAAUCAGUGGACCAUGACUUUCGUAGACGUGACCUGAACAGAUCAACACAUGUCACAUGUCAUCUGCCAGCGUCACAGUUGACAAAGCUGUCGGGGUCAGGUAUAUCUGUGAGGUCAGAAUGCGGAACGCCCUCGUCGAAAAGAAGGUUCGCGAGGCAGGAGUGCGAGCUGUUGUUUGACGUAACGGACGUACAGCCGGGCGGGUGCUUCUUGGAGUGUUUGACCGAGGCCAAGUCGACGAGAUGA